CCUCCCGCCGGGGUCGGGGGUCAGCCGCGCCCGCCGGCUGUGGGUGCUCAUGGAGGGCUCGGAGGACGAGGAGCCGGGGUCCGAGGGGCCGCUGCAGCAGCUGCUGAAGCGGCAGCGCAAGGAGAAGCGGGAGCUCCAGGCAAAAAUUCAAGGCAUGAAAAAUGCUGUUCCCAAGAAUGAUAAGAAGAGACGAAAACAGCUGGCAGAUGAAGUUGCCAAACUAGAGGCAGAACUUGAACAGAAGCACAAGGAGGAGUUGAAGCAGCUGAAGGAUGCUUCACCUGAAAAGAAUAAGACAGAUUCCAUAGUUGAUGGGGUUGCAAAUAUAGAGCUUGAAGGAGUAGAGCAGCAGACUCAGCAUCAUCGAAUAUCAAAAGCACAGAAGAGGCGGGAGAAAAAAGCUGCUCUGGAGAAAGAAAGAGAAGAAAGAAUAGCUGAAGCUGAGAUACAAAAUUUAACUGGUGCUAGACAUCUUGAAAGUCAGAAACUUGCCUGCCUAUUGGCAGCAAGACACUUAGAGAUUAAACAAAUCCCUUCAGAUGGCCAUUGCAUGUACAGAGCUAUUGAAGAUCAGCUGAAGGAUCACCAAAAUUCCUGGACUGUUGCAACUCUGAGGAGCCAAACAGCAAAAUAUAUGCAAAGUCACUGUGAUGACUUCUUGCCUUUUCUUACAAACCCUAAUACUGGAGAUAUGUAUAGCAGAGAGGAGUUUGAGAAAUACUGUGAUGAUAUAGCAAAUACAGCUGCAUGGGGAGGUCAGCUGGAACUAAGGGCUUUGUCACACAUUUUACAAACACCUAUUGAAGUAGUGCAGAUGGAUUCUCCUCCCAUUGUUGUUGGUGAAGAAUAUUCAGGCAAACCAAUAACACUUGUGUAUAUGAGGCAUGCCUAUGGAUUAGGAGAACAUUACAAUUCUGUGAAAGUUCUAACAGACACUGCUACAGAGAACAGCAGCUAGCAUACAGAAGUUGUACAUUCACAUGGAUAACAGUUGCAUCAUGAUGUGUUGGGCUCCAGGAAAUUCCCAGUAAGAUUGGAAAGUAAAUGGCAUGGAUUACAAAUUAAAAAAAUAAAACGCACCAAAAUGAAAGAACUGCAAGGUUGGACUAUAAAUCAGACAUGGCUCUUGAUUUAUAACAAAACCAAACCAAAACCACAUAACAAUAUUUUGAGCCUAUUGGUUUUAAUUACGUUUAGAAGAUCUUCUGUAAAAUGGUGGCUCUGUAGAUCAGGUGUUUUUCAAUAGAGCUUUCUCCCAAUACUGCAGAGAAAAUAUAAAGUAGUAAAAAUUUGUUUUGGUUAAUCUGCAUUUCUGCUGAAGAUUUAAGGUUACCUCAAGGUCCCUGUUCCAUUAUUUCUGUCAGAUUUUCACAAUAAUGGAAGAGUUCAGGCAUUUGAAAGAACUAAUUGUGUUUUGCUGAUGGAAUCUUAUCUGCAGUGUUCCUGUAGUCCUAUUAGGAUCUAAUUUCAACAGUGUAGUAUUGAUUCCCUUCUUUAUUUGGGCAGAGAAGAUGAGGGGGCAAAUCCAGCAGCAGAAUAUCUCGGCUUGGCUGAAGGAAUUGCCCAGUCUUUUAAAAGACUUUCAUGUAAGAUUUUUACCAAGGGUUGAUGUAGGGAUGUUUUUGGAGUUGACAGUAGGAAUUCAACUCCUGUGCAUUGUUAUUUAUGACUGUACAUUAUCCUGUCAGUGCAAGUUAACUGCACUGUUCAUUCUCCAUAGUCUUUCAGCUGUGCAUUUCGGUGAAUCCAAAAUCUUACUGAGCUCCUCAGUGUUCUCACUUGAGGUAGUGAAAUUCAUCUGAACUUAUAAUUUCUGGAUCUGCUGACCUAAGCACUUUGUCAUCUAAAGUGUGAUAUUUUAUAAUGCUUAAAACAGCUGGUUGUGCACAGCUGUAGAAAUAAUCACCUUGGGGUUUAUCGGUAACUAAAGGUGAUCUGGAAAGGAAUUAAGUUUAUUUUAAUUGCUUCUUAUGGUGCAGAGAGACUGGAAAGGUUUUAAUAUAGCUUGACUUUUUACAUUAGAAAUGUAGAUAGUUAUCUGUAAAUGUGACUUUAAAAUAAGGAACGUACUGAAACCAAAAUUUUAAUGCAAAUGUUUUUUAACAAGUGAUUUUUUUUUUUUUAAUUUUUAAAAAGCCUUGGUCAAUAAAAGCAUUGUCUGUAUUUUACUGCUGCUGAGUUCAUGAAGAGAUUAAACACCUUUGCCCUGGUUUGAGGAUUAUGACCUAACAGUAUGUAUCUUGUAGUCCUUCAGUAAAGCUAGCCUGCAGACUUACAUUCCUGGAAUCUGUUCUCACUUAAGAGGGAGAUAAGUGAUCACUUUAUGGGUCAGGUUAUGUCUGAUUUAAAGCACUUUGAGAGAGAGGGGGUAAAAAAAUACCAGAUAAUUACAGCAGGAGUUUUUGGACAAGCAGUUCUUUAGACUGGUGCCUGCCAGGAAAACAAAGUAUUAACUAGAUCAGGAGUUUUUACAUUCUUAUUUAUCUGUUGUAGUAUAACAAAUAUAGCUGGUUUAUAUACCAAACCAGCUGGCUUACUGUAAAAUUUGGUUUACUACCUUGAUUGUAUAAAAUGAUGGUUUUAAUUUCAAACAAAAAAUAGGAUACAACAGCAUGGAAAAAAAUUUUUCUAUUCAUAAUGCCUUUACAAAUUUCACUGAAAAUAAUAAAAAGUACUCUUCUCUGCAUUGCUAAGAAUUGAUGUGCUAUAAAAUGUACAUGCUGCAUUUUAUAGAUACACAGUUCUUUGGUUAAUUUAGGUUUCAGUCUUGUUUGAUUAACUCAGAGAGAAAAGAUGCCAGAAUUGGGGAACACCUGUACCAAGAGUUUGUCGUGUUGAAGAAGUUUACAGUUUGUAUAAAGUUAAAUAAUUUAAUAUAGUGAGUGAAAGAUCCUUGCUUAUGCUGUAUGGAACUUGCCAAAAAGGAAUAAAUUGGUUUAUUUGUGGCAAAU